GCUGAGUGUUCUGUAAAACUAGACGUGUUCUGCUUUGUGUAAUGAGAACGGUGAGAAAACCGCGGCUUCUUCUCAGCUGAAUUCUCCGUUCCACCUUAAAUGGCGCUGCAGUUACAUUUAGAUGGCAUUUAAGGUGGAACGGGUAAUUCCUUUCAGAAGCUGGCGAGAGGCUAGCGGCUACACUGGCCAAAAACAGGACGGACACUGGGUUUAUGAAGAUGAUCUGAGUGAGCUGUUGCUGGGUGAAGCGAAGCUGCACCAGUACCUGAAGGAGAACCCUAUAAAGCAGGGUUCCAGCCCCCGCGGGCAGCGCCCCCGCCUGGCCGAAGUGCGGAAACACCUGACGGCUGCUCUGGAGCGAGGGAACCUGAAGCCGGAUUAUCAGCAGGAGGCGACUCUGCUGAUGGGGAAGCUGUGUUAUGUGGAGGGAGAUUACCGAGAGGCGCUGAACCAUUACAGUCGUGUUAAUCUGGAUGAAAUGCAGCUGGUCGGAGCUCCAGUUUACCGGCUGUCCAUGAUCGCUGAGGCUUACGCCACCAAGGGUCUCUGUCUGGAGAAGCUGCCGGCCGCCUCUCCAUCUCUGUCCAGCCGCCCCACUGACCGAGACCAGGAGAUCCUCACCUGCUACGAGAAGUCUGGAGAUAUCGCCCUGCUGUACCUGCAGGAAGUGGAGAAGGCUCUGAGUGCUGGUCUGCAGAACCGCAGCCCAAAACCCGGCCCGGUCUCUCAGGAUCAGGAGCUGGGCUACUUCCUGGAGACCGGCCUGCAGAGAGCCCACGUCAUACACUUCAAAAACGGUAAUCUGACCCGUGGAGUGGGCCGGUUCAGAGAGAUUCUCCGUGCCGUUGAGACCAGAACCACUCAGAACCUCCGCAUGACGAUUGCGCGGCAGCUAGCAGAGAUCCUGUUGCGGGGGAUGUGUGAGCAGAGUUAUUGGAGCCCGUUGGAGGACCCCCCCCCACAGUCUCCUCUAGAUGACCCCCACUGCCCCACCAGCUCCAGCAGGGACUACGCUUUGAGCCGGAGACCGAGGGUCUACUCAGGAGAAAACCUGUUUUGUCCACAGGAGAACACAGAGGAAGCACUGCUGUUGUUAUUGAUCAGCGAGUCCAUGGCUAACAGGGACGCCGUGCUGAGCCGAAUUCCGGAGCACAAUGCUGACCGUGUGAUCAGCCUGCAGAGUGCCUCUGUGGUUUAUGACUUGCUGACCAUCGCGCUCGGCCGCCGCGGACAGUAUGAGAUGCUCUCUGAGUGUCUGGAGAGAGCCAUGAAGUUUGCGUUUGAGGAGUUUCACCUGUGGUACCAGCUCGCUCUCUCACUGAUGGCUGCAGGAAAGUCUGCGCGUGCGGUGAAGGUGCUAAAGGAGUGUAUUCGACUGAAGCCUGAUGACCCCACCAUCCCCCUGCUGGCUGUAAAGCUCUGUAUAGGAAACCUGCACUGGCUGGAGGAGGGGGAGCGCUUUGCUAAGAUGGUGGUGGAUAUGGAGGAUAAAGCUCCGGAGUUUCGGGCAAAAGGUCACCUCGCCCUCGGCCUCGUUUACAGCCUGAAGGCUACAGACGCGUCUCUGCGGGGUUUGCAGGAGGAGUAUCAGAGGAAAGCUCUGGGAGCGUUUCAGAGGGCUCAGUCUCUCUCUCCUACAGAUCACCUGGCUGCGUUCUAUCUGGCGCUGCAGUUAGCCGUGUCCCGCCAGAUCCCGGAGGCGCUGGGUUACGUCCGGCAGGCUCUGCAGUUACAGGGUGAUGAUGUCCACUCCCUGCACCUGCUGGCGCUGCUGCUGUCCGCCCAGAAACAUUACCACGAUGCCCUCAACAUCAUCGAGAUGGCGCUCAGCGAGUACCCGGAGAACUUCAUGCUGCUGUUUACCAAAGUCAAAUUAGAGACUUUGUGCCGCGGGCCUGAAGAAGCUCUGCUGACCUGUAAACACAUGCUGCAGAUCUGGAAAUCCUGCUACAACCUCACCAACCCCAGUGAUUCAGGGCGAGGCAGCAGUCUGCUGGACAGAGCCAUCGCUGACCGCAGACAGCUCAACACUAUGACCCUGCCAGACUUCAGCGACCCAGAGACUGCGUCUCGCUCCUCUUCCUCUUUUGUGGGGUCUGAGUUCUCCUCCUCUCCUCUCUUUGCUCUCCCAUCCCUCUAUCCUGCCCCACCUCCUCCUCCCCCACCUCCUCCUCGUCCUCCUCCUCCUCCACCCAAGAGUGACGCUGCAGUGUUCAGACCAGUGGGCCACGCUUUCUGUGACCACUUUCCUCGCCGGCGUCCGUCCGCUGCCAGAAACCCUCCAGAUGCUUACUUUCAUGGUUUUGAUACCUUUUUUGGGGUUUGUUCUGUUCAUGCCACCUCCAUCGCAGCGUCGCGGGUGGAGCAGGCUCUGUCGGAGGUCGCUUCGUCCCUGCAGAGCUCCGCCCCCAAACAGGGACCCCUGCACCCCUGGAUGACCCUCGCUCAGAUAUGGCUGCACGCAGCGGAGGUGUAUAUCGGGAUGCUGAAGCCGGCCGAGGCGCUGGCCUGCACUCAGGAGGCUGCGAGUUUGUUCCCACUGUCCCAUAACGUGCUGUUUAUGAAGGGGCAGGUGGCCGAGCUGCGGGGAAACACUGAGGAGGCCAAGCGCUGGUACGAGGAGGCGCUGUCCAUCAGCCCCACCCACGUCAAGAGCAUGCAGAGAAUGGGUCUGAUUCUGCACCAGCUGCAGAGAUACAGUCUUGCUGAGAAGGUUCUGCGAGAUGCGGUGCAGGUGAGCUCCACGGCGCACUCUGUGUGGAACAGUCUAGGGGAGGUUCUGCAGGCGCAGGGGAACCACGCUGCCGCCACUGAGUGCUUCCUCACCGCGCUGGAGCUGGAGGCCAGCAGCCCCGUGCUGCCCUUCACCGUCAUCCCCCGCACCCUCUGAGACUCGCCCGCCCACUCAGAGCAGCGGCUCAGCCGAACGGCAGAUCGGCACAGCUUUCCUUCCUCAUCCCAAACACAGUUGAUCAGGCAGCGUUAGCACCGACGCUAAGGUUGUUAACUGGUAAAGGAAGCCUACAUCCCACCAGUUAGCAUGAUGCUAACCGCACGCCUAAAUCAUCACUCGCCUCAAACGUCUUUCUGUCCACCUUCUGCUUAUUUGAA